GCUUGUUUUUGUGAUAAACCCCAGCAGGUUAAGCACCACUCCCCUAGGAAAAGUAUUUAUUUUUCUUGGAAGUUAAGUGUCCUUCCCCUAUGUCCAACCUUCCAAACACAUACAUGAAAGGCUCAGACCUUCCCUUUUUUGCGCUGCCUUUAGCAUCUCUCCAUCACUGUGCACACACUUCCUUUUUAUUGGGUGUGGUAGUCUAAACAUAGGUAGAAGCAGGUAGCAGGUGACAUCAUUGCAUGGAAACACCUCCUUUUCCCUGAGGUAUAAAGGAGCCUGAGCUUCUGUGGCUGUAUCUUUAUAGCUUCAUCACACACUAUCAGAGGUGCUCCAUUUCAACAAAAUCCAAACUGAGGAGCGGUAACAUUUUUGCUGUCAUCUGAAAGAGGAUUUUCUGUUUGAGUUUGUGGACUCCUGUUUCCUUCCAUACAAAGAGCAACCAUGUCGAUGGGUUUGGAAUUAGUGGGCAUUACUCUUGGAAUGAUUGGAUUCAUCGGUGCUAUAAUAGCAUGUGCCUUGCCUCAGUGGAGGAUGACGGCUUUCAUCGGAUCCAACAUUGUCACCUCUCAGGUCAUCUGGGAGGGCUUAUGGAUGACUUGUGUCACUCAGAGCACAGGCCAGAUGCAGUGCAAGAUGUAUGAUUCUCUCCUGGCUUUAUCGGCUGACCUGCAGGCGUCCAGAGCAAUGACAGUCAUAGCCAUUAUUCUUGGAGUACUAGGGGUGCUGAUCUCGAUUGUUGGAGCCAAAUGUACCAACUGCAUUGAAGAUGAAACAGCCAAAGCCAAAGUGAUGAUCAUUUCCGGGAUCUUCUUCAUUCUCGCCGGCCUUCUGGUCCUCAUCCCUGUCUCCUGGAGUGCAAAUGCCAUCAUCCAGGAUUUCUACAACCCGAUGAUACCAAGCGCUCAGAAGAGAGAGAUCGGGACAUCACUCUACAUUGGCUGGGCAGCAGCUGGACUUCUUCUGAUUGGAGGGGCUUUGCUGUGCACCAGGUGUCCACCAAAAGAGGAGAAAUACAAGCCAGCGAGAAUGGCCUACUCUGCUCCGCGCAGCAUCAGUGCAGGUGGAGGUUAUGACAAGAAGGACUAUGUUUAAUGCCUUUUAAUCCAUGCUUGUUGUGUUUGUGCUCUUAUAAUUUAAAACUACAGGGUAAAGCUCUGUGAUAGACUCCGAGAUGAAGAUAUUUGUAAAAAACAUUUAAACAUAUUGCUUUGCUUGCAGAUAGAAAAAAUUACCCUUAGUUUGACCAUGCUUUCAUUUGCUUAUGUUAAUGCUUGUGUAAGGUAAUGUGUUUAUUCUAUCUAAAUAAUACUUUUUAAAUGAUCUUGCAUUCAUGUGUUAGUGACUCUGGCUGUUCAAAGAUUGUACUGCCAGUGUUGUAGAAAUGCCAGGUACCUCUUUACAUACAUUUCCAUUUAUUGUGUGUUUUGCAUGUUAUACAGGAGAGUUCUGUCAAGACUAAAACUUAAUGCUAAGCACUUUCACAUAAUACAUUUAAUUUACAGCUAUGCAUGUUUGUAUAUUACAUCAUGAAUUGAUCAAACUUAAUCAAACUUUUUUUUAAAGAUUGUCUUUGUGUUUGUAUAUUUCAAUUAACAUGUCAAGGUUUUGAAGUUUUGCUUCUUUUUACUAAAAAUUUGCUUUAUUAUUAUUGUAAUAUGAAACUGAAAAUAUAUUCAAAGAAUGUGAUUAAAGUACUUAACUAAAAGUGUGUAAUGUUUGAUUUGAGUGUAUCCUGAUAUCACACUGUUUUUGUGCUAAAGAUUUCAGAGAAUCAGUCUAUCAAAUUUACUUUUGGAGGUGUAAUUUCAGUUUUAACAAACCUUUAUCCUCAGUCAUUGAACACAGGACUCAAUGUAAGACAGGGGCAAGACUUUUCCACUUCAUAUAAGUUACAUUUCUGCGCUAAAGCUCCACACAGCUUUUUGUCUACUUCUCUAUAUUCCUUUUUAAUGAAAGUAAUCAUUUUUAUAAAGGAACUAAUACUUCCUUAAAACGUAUGCAAUUCUAUGUUCUGAGUAAAAUAAUUUUUUGUCACAUAAAAAUGUAUUUAACUCUUUCUAAAGUAGGGAUCUGCAACCUGAGACUCUGGACCCACUCAUGGAUCUUUUGCCCUUUCCUUCUGGCUCUCUGGUUAAAGGAAAAAAAAAAAGUUUUAAUUAAAAAUUAGCGUAAAGUAAUAUUUAAAUAAUAGGCAACGUAAAAAAAAAGGAAAGUAAACUAACUCAAUCUUUAUUCAACUCCUACACAAACUGUUGAAGGACAUUACGUAUCACUUUGUGAGGCCCCUGCCUAUAAUACCAAUAAUAUUCCAACAAUCCAGUUUUAUGCUUUAUAGUGUAUAUAAACAUUUUUACUACAGAAAAUCACUUUGAAGUCAGUUAGCACAACCUGAUUUAUUCUUUAAGGUGCACCAAAUUCAAAGGUAGUUUUUCUAUUUUUGAACAAAUUCAAAGUUUUCAAGUAUGGUGUGGUUCACUAAUUUAGCUUCAAUAUAAUUUUGGUUGGUUGGAUUUACAAAUUUGUGACUGAGAUGAACCAGAAAUGGAAAAAUAAACAGUAUUUUUUCCCUUAAUUACUUCUACCUACUACUUAAUUUGCUGGAUUGAGAUGUGGCACAGGGUGUCUUUUAUUUUGAAAGAAAGAGAUGUGAAAUUCUGUCAUAAGUUAUAAACUAUUUUAUAUUUGGGGGAAAAAAAACUAUUUUCUCUUAAUGUCUAGGUUUUUCCUAAGUUCUCAAAAUCAUCUUUAUAUAUCAUAACAGUUACUAUAAUAUAAAUAAACAUUACUGUCUAGAAAAAUUAUCCAAUGUUUGAUAUUGGAUAAUUUUACCGCAUGAGUUGGAGGAGACGGCGGAGGAACACUUGGACCUGGUGAGGAGACCCAGAGCCCAGAUGCUCAUGGUGGUUAAACAGGACCAAUUGAAGAGCCAGGAGGAGAAGGGGGU